AUGGAACCGCAGAGAAGCACUUUUCUGCAAGAAGCCUGCGGGUGGGAGAGGCUGCGGUCGUGGUCCCGCCCCGCACCCCCGCUGCCAGGCCCCCGCACGCACGCCCAGCAAACACCCCAACACCCCGACACCCCACGCACAGCGCCGCCACGCAACCUUCUGCUCCGAACCCCGCCGCCGGCCCCUCUGGGCCUCGGGCAAAGCCGACGCCGCGGGGAGGACGAGCCCGGGGGCCGCGGGGAGGACGAGCCCGGGGGCCGCGGGGAGGACGAGCCCGGGGGCCGCGGGGAGGACGAGCCCGGGGGCCGCGGGGAGGACGAGCCCGGGGGCCGCGGGGAGGACGAGCCCGGGGGCCGCGGGGAGGACGAGCCCGGGGGCCGCGGUCCCGGCGCCGCUUUCCCCAAACCGAAGGCGCAGGAGGCGCGGGCGGCCCCGCUGUGGUCACUGGCCGGGGGCCCCUCGGGCCGCCUGGCGGACGUCAACCCGGGCACCCGGGCCUUGCGCGUUCGCGACCCCAGGACGCGGGCGACACCGCUGACGUGGGCCUCGCGGGGCGCGGAGAGGGAGGCCCGCGCUCAGCCCCCGGAGCGGCGCCCCCUCGGCGACUCCGGAGCACCUGCGCCCCGCACCUGCGCCCGCACCUGCCGGCAACGCGGCGCGCCCCGCCCCGCCCCGCCCACGCCCACCCGCGCUCACCCCACCCGCGCUCACCCCACCCGCGCUCACCGCCACGGAGCGGACCCGGGAAAAGCCGCGCUCCCUACGCCGACCGUUGUCGCAUUUUAA